CCCAGCCAAGGCUGACAAAGGCGCCUUUAAUGACGCUAAUUGUUUCCGUAGUAAGCAUGCGUCGUCAGGCCGGACACAGGGCGCAUGCGCAGAGGGGCGGGCUCCAGUUUAUUCUCAAAGGCGGCAGGUUGUAGUUUUUGUUUUGGCUGGAAAGGCUUCCCUGGGGUUGCUAUCGCUGAGCGAGAUAAAGGAGUACGAUUCGCGGCGGUGGCCGAAACAAUAGAUUGCCCCAUUUGAAUUAUAGACGUGGAGGUGGGGGACCUUCUCAGCGCCGACUUGCCCAGAUGUGAACGGGAAACUGAAAGCUUUGAGAACGUCGAACUAAGAAGUGGCUUCCUCGACAUCGACAUGGCACAAGAGAAAAUGGAGCUAGACCUGGAGCCGCUUCCGAGUUCGACCACCACAGACGGCAACAUCCUGAGAAGAUCCAGCAGUGCACCUUUGAUCAGUGGUCUUGGUGAUAAUUCACAGGUGUUCCAAACUGACACGUUAAGAACUAGAAGAAACAGUACAAGCUUUACAAGCCAAACCUGUCUGGAAGAAAACAUGGAUUUGAUAAAUAGAGAAACAAUCUGUGAACGGGAGAUACAAGCUGCAAUCCAGAUAGAUCAAUUUGGGGAAGAAAAUUUGAACCUGAUACCUUUUCUUCUUGAAGUGGAACUUCGGGUCCAUGCUUGCUUUAGGAUGGUGAGAACGCCUCACCAUGUGACAACCGGGGACUCAGUAAGUGACGACAAUUUAGAGACACCAUCCUCUCUGAAUCACGUUGGUUUAAUUCCAGUACCCUCAGUAUCUUCUCCCUCAGGGGGGAUUGGGCAGCAGUGUUUUUCUCCGUCUUUACAAACUUUUGUGAGUUGCAACAGUUUGCCUCCAAAUCCUAUUCCCCAUCCUACACAACGAUUUACAACAAGCCAAAGCCCCAUCAGCAGUAUUAGACCAAGUGUCCUUGGACCAUUAAAAAGAAAAGGUGAAAUGGCACUUGAAGAUCAGCCAAAGAGAUUUUUCCAAGGCACGACCAACACGCUUUCUUUUGACACUACCCAACUGCCAGAUAAGAAUGCGUAUCUAUCUUCGGAUAUUCUUGAUAGAAACAGCAGCAGUGCUGGAUCUUCUUGUAAUUCACCAGCCAAAAUCAGCACUCUCACGAACUCUCCUGUGUCGCCUUCUGAUUAUCCAUUUAUUCUAGUAGAUGAACUUUCAACCAAGUGAUUCACCCAGCCCAAGACUUUCCUACCAGUGGAGAAACAAAUAACAAACAGAGGUUGGAGCAAUAACAGAACUGUAUGAUACACUUUAGACUGUUUCCUAUUGGUCUUUUUUCCUUCUCAGUGUCCUAAAAUUCUGUUUUUCUACGGAGCUUGCAUGUCUAAUUCUUGUGUAUGCCCAUAAAUUCAAUGUACUGAUAUUUUCAGAGAUGUUUCCAAAUAUGAACUAUGUAUAUUGAAGACACAAUCAUAAUCUUUAAGUUGCUAAAGUCUAGAAACAUGCUGCAGGUUGAUUUUUAAAGAAUCCUUGACAGUGUUUAUGGGAAUAGUAAGUUCUGAUGAAAUGUAACUUGUACAAUUGAUCAACAGGUAAAAUGAUUUUUUUAAUUAUGUACUUAAUAGCCAUGCCAGUGUUUGAUGAUAUUUUCAGUAAUUGCUAGUUUCUAUGUGGUAAGGAAAAGUCAUCUAUCAAAAGCAUCUUUUAAAAAUGAGCUAGUUAUGUCAUACUGAUCCAAGGGUUUCCUAUUUUGCACAUGGAUUCUUGGAUAUUUAAUUUGCUGGGAAGGAGUAGGUAGAGGAAGAACAAGAUGAAUAAAAGCUAAUUGAAUAGCACGAAAAUAAUAUGUAAUUGGAGCUUCAUUUAAUUUAUACUCAACUUGAUUAUCCUUGAUCAAUUUUGUGUUCUAAUUAAGUGUGGAAAAAAAGACAAUGUUGAUAAAUUGUGGUCUUAUACAUUUUUAUGAAUUACCUUUCAUUCAUCAUCAUGACUACUGAUUUGAUUAAAUACAGGCUUAGUAUGUUACAGGUUUUUUGCAAGAAUCAUGUGCAUCCAGCUAUUCCCUGAGGGCUAUAAAUGUUUUAACACCAGUUUCCUAUUUAAAAGUCUUAAGGAUUUUUUAAUAGGCAAAAUUAUGUGUUAAAAUUUUUAAAUGUAAAAUAAGUGCUUUAAGUAAUCAGGGGUAUGAAUUACAAAUAGAAAUAUAUCCUCAUGAAGUGAAGUUGAGAAUUAGUUUAAAUUGCCUCUGCUAAUGAAAUAGGAACAGUUAUCUAAAAUAUUUAUAAAAGUUUUUCCUUGUCAUUGGAGGUAAUCAGGAUGAUGGAAAUAUGAUGUAGCUAGAGAUGCCCCUAUGUGGGAAAAAGAAUUUUUAGUGGCACCAAGAAUUUUUUGACCAUGGCCCUGAUGGAAUGGAUCAAAAUGGAUAUGUGGGGGAGGAUUUGCUUCAUCUAUGAAUAAAUAAAACUGAAUUAUUUAUGAGAUGACUGGGAUCAUGAUGCUGUCCUAAAACUGGAACAGGAUUCUACAAAUUGGCUUAGGACAAUUGAACUAUAAAUAUUGCUUUUGUCACUCAGCUCACUUGCUUGUGAGACCUUCAGUGGACCAGUUGUGAACAGAUGAGGUGCCCUGAUGGAAUGAGGUGUGAUGUUCCUUGCUGAAAUUGUAGAUCAUUGACAGACAAAAAAGUCCACCUAUACCAUUGACACUUUAGCACAAAAACGUUUCACAGAAUGUUGAAGUACAAAGACUAAGGAUGGAGAAAGUGAACGAGAGGGAGGCAGUUACGUAGUUAUAUAAUAUA